CCUGCUCUCCCGCGGGGCCUGCCCCACUUCCAAGCGAAACCCCGCCGCCUUUCGGUAGCUGCGGUCUCUAGCGUCCCACCACCGUGACAGAGGCCGCGCCGGGCUCUCCCCAGGAAGGAAGCGUUUCCCGGAGCUCCACUUCCGGCCCUCACGGGAAGCCUCCGCCUGCGGCUCCCUCCCCCGCCACGCGAGGCCGCGGCGCACGGUUGAAGAAUGUCACGGGUUCCCUUGGGGAAAGUCCUCCUGAGAAAUGUCAUUCGACAUACAGAUGCUCACAAUAAGAUUCAAGAGGAAUCAGAUAUGUGGAAAAUCAGAGAACUAGAAAAACAAAUGGAGGAUGCUUACCAUGGGACCAAAAGGAAAAUGUUACCUAGCAGUUCAAGUCGAAUGCGUAGUGAUGGUUUUGAUGAAGAAUGUCAGAGAGACUACUGGAGGCCAAGGAAUGAAAUCUCUGGGACACUGGAAGAUGAUUUUCUUAAAGCGAAAUCCUGGAACAAGAAGUUAUAUGAUUAUGAAGCUAGCAUGCCAGACAGAUGGGGCCACAGUGGUUAUAAAGAGUUGUACCCUGAAGAGUUUGAAACAGACAGUAGUGAUCAGCAAGAUAUUACCAAUGGGAAAAAAACCUCUCUCCAGGUAAAAUCAUCUACCCAUGAAUCCCGAAAACAUAAGAAGUCAAAAAAAUCCCACAAAAAGAAGCAGAAAAAGAGAUCACACAAAAAACAGAAGAAAAAUAAAAAGGAAGUCACAGAUGUGACGGCAGACUCAUCGAGUGAGUUCUCAGAAGAAACGGGGGAGUCCAGUACCAGGAAGAGGAAACAACCACAUAAGAGCAAGAAAAAAUCCAGGAAAAAGCCUCCUAGAAAAUCUGCUUUCUUCUUAGGGACAAAAAGUGGUAUUUCCCAGUCAGAUGACUCAGCAUCCAGCAGUUCUGAGGAAAUUGAGGAGAGACACACUAAGAAAACUAAAAGGAAAAAGAGAGAGAAAAUUGCUCAUGUCCCUGUAGCUAAUGCUGAAGCACAGGAGAGGACAAACAGACGCACAAAUUGGAAAGUGGCUACAGACGAAAGGUCUGCUGAGAGCUCUGAAGAAGACUAAUUGGGAAAAGCAUUGUUGUUUUCCAUCUGACUGAAUAUUUACAGCUUUGAACACAGUAUGUGGGAUUUUGCCAAUGCCAGAAGGGUCUGAGGUUAGAGCUAUCUUGUACUAUCUGUGUUUUGACAGAUUCCUUGUCUAUUUUGGCUUAACUACCCCUUUUGUUAACAGGGAAUUUGGUAUUUUGUUAUAAGGUUUCUUGAAGAGAUUAUUUGCAAUUAAUUACAUUUAGGGUAGAAUACCUAUAUAGUAAACAAAAAACCCAGGAAGCUCAAUCCAGUAAUGUCAUGGUAUGCAACUGGAACCUUGAAUUUGGGGAAAUCAAGGCCUGGCCAGGAUGGAGAGAUGGAUUGGAAGCAUUACACAGAUUGGCUUGACAAGGGAAUACAAUGUUGCUGUUUAUACAGCAGGUGUCAUGGCUGACUUCAGCCUUGGUGCUUUGACCCUUCUGUAUUUUGACCCAUAGGUAUAAUCUAAUUUACUUAAGAACAAAACAUUUCCCCUUCAUAAUAUCCACAGGUGACCAUUGUUAGAAGGAACUAGGAUUUUGUGUAAAAUUUCCCUGCUGGACAGGGCCCACAGCUACAUUUAGUAUAAGCCGAAAGUACUGAAAACUGGAUAGGUAAUGGUUUUCUAGUUCCGUGCCGUACAUGCCUAAAUGGACUUGUGUUUGAAAUUGUUCACCUGUGAUGAUCUGUCAAGUGGGAAAGAACUAGAAAUGCGUCAUGUUACCUAAUAAUGCUCUGGAAGGGAUUCAGGGCAUCAACAGGCAUCUAAUUGUCUUCCUUUUUUGGCCUUUUCUCAAGACCUUGCACACACCACUGAGCUGUACCCCCUAGUGCUAUUUGCUUUCCUUGUUCAUUUCUAAUUCUGUUCAUGAAUUUUAGAUUUUCCUCAAACCUACAUUGAAUGAGUUCCAAAAUGAAACAGGCCUACUCAGGGACACAUCCACUUCCCAGUCUGCCUUUGGGUGAAAAGUAACAGAAACCAGAUUAUUUCCCUUUGCUAUACUGUAAUGCCUAUGUUAAUUCUUAAGAAACCAAAAUACAGAAAGACUAGCAGGGCAAGUGAGUUUUUCUUUAAGGGAGAGAUCAAGUGAUGGUGAUGUCAUCAGGUUCUGUUGUUUUUAUGGUUGUCACUUCAUGUGUUGAGCAACAAGCAUGAAAACUCACUUUCAUGGUUCUGCCACUGAUUGGUUAUGUGCUCUAGAGCAGGUUAACCUCCCUGGCCUUACUUUCUGCAUGUGUAUCACAGAAACACUUCAUGGCUAGCAUGACACUUUAAAACACCAGCAAUAGGACACAGCUAUGAUGACACUCCAUGAAGUGGGAUUUAAUAUUCAAACUAGUGCUCUUUAUGGAUCAUAUCCUAAUAAAGUGCUUCUUCUCAAAAUACAUGGUUGGCCAUAGGUGCCCCAUCCCUUGAUUAUGAGCAGGUGCUACCUUUUGGGAUAUUGAAAUACUAGUACUUUGGUACUCAACUGUAUUCCAUGAUGUAUAUUUUUAUCCUUGGGAUUAGUAGUGGUCUAAUGCGGGAAGAAGAGUCUAUAAUUACUACCUCGUAACCUUGAAACAGUAAAAUCCUUGUUGGAAGUUUUUAGCGUGUAUUUUUAAAGCACUGUUUUGUGCUAUAAAAAUACUGAUUUCUAAGCACAGGAUGAAGAUGAAUCUACAGAAUAAGGCAUUUAUAAGCAGUUGGUUCUUUUUGGACUUUUGACAUUCCCCUCCUCCCAUACUACUAACAGGCUUUUUUUCCCAAGGAAUGCACAUUUUUGCCUGAUGUCCCACACCACCCAAUGUUUAUCUUUUCAUGAUCACAUAAGCAAUAAAACUGUUUUCUGUCCACCUUACUCCAUCCCCCCCUUCCUUCUAUGCCUUAGGCUAAGGCUUUGAUGGUUCCUCUGAUCCCCUUAACUAGGUUUAGGGUGGCUCUUCAAAACCUGUGACCUCCCAUUUGCACCACCAGCCUGAGAACAUUAUUUGUAGUGUUCCUGUCAAUCAGAAAUCUCAACAUUAAAUCCUAGAAUGGUAUUUAAAAGAAAGAACCGGAGACUCCACAUUUAUUGAAUAACUGGUAUGAUACAAACUGGAAUCACUGAAUUCCAAAUAAAUGAAUUUCACUUUUUCA